AUGGACAAUAAUCUGGAAGAUCGUGAAAGUAGUGAAGAUGAUUUCUUGAAUCCAAACAAAACGGUUGCAUGUACCAGACAAACAAUGAUCGAUGUUACUGCAGAUAGUACCAAAAAACCAGAUGAAAUGGCAAAUUUGUCUUGCAACUAUAAAGAGUUACAAUCGUUGUUAAUCAUUUGA